UAUUUAAUAUUUUAACAUCCGUUUCCGCUGUAAACAAAACACGUUUGGCAAAUAAUGAAUUUCAUUUUGCGAUGCAGUUUCCUAAGAAUGAAAACCUGCUGAAAACAUUUUUAACAUUCUGUUGGUUUCUUCAUAUUUCUUUUAUAAAUUCAGAAUCAAUAGAAUAUUGUGACAAAUCGGAAAAGGAAUCAAAAAUCACAAAACAAAAUCAAGGAUCACCAUCAUCUGACACAUGUCAAAAUACUGCUCCGAUGGCCCUGGUUUUAUACAACGAAGACAACGUACUGCCGUUGCAUAGGGACAAACGAACGCUUAAAUACGUAUCACGUGACAUUGUGAUCAAGCAAGAAUGGAAGAAAUUAGGAGUAGCAGCUGUCGUUUGGGAUGCAGCAGAGGUUCUGUCAGCAUACCUAGAGGAGAAUCCUCACCUAGUGAGAGGAAGGAACACAAUAGAGCUGGGGGCAGGCACAGGCUUGGUUGGCAUAGUAGCAGCACUGCUAGGCAGCCACGUGACAAUAACAGACCGUGAAGAAGUUUUAGACUUUCUGAAAGAAACAGUCUCUCAAAACUUGCCUGAAGAUUUACUUGGCAGAACAGAGAUUCGUGCUUUAGAUUGGACCAAGGACAUCAACAACUUUCCUGACCCUUUUGAUGUCAUUCUAGGGGCUGACAUUGUUUAUAUUGAAGAAGUGUUCGAAGAUUUGCUUAGAACUUUGUUGAAGCUCAGUAACAGAGAUACUUUAGUUCUUCUGUCCUGUAGAAUUCGUUACGAGAGAGAUAAUUAUUUUUUGGACAGACUGCGAGAACAUUUUAUUGUGAAUCAAAUUUUGUAUGAUGAAUUAAAGGAUGUGAUUUUAUUUCAGGCUACAAAAUUAUAGCGACAUUCCAGUGAAUAAAGAAGACUUAAAAGAAGACCUGUAAAGUCUAUGUUUUAUUAACGCUUUUUACAUUUUUGAUCUUUACUUCAUGAUUUGGACAAUAAUAAACAAUGAUCACAAAUUAAAAAUCUUUUAUUUCCAUCAGUCUAUGGACAAAAUAAAACACCAUUAAUGACUAUGCAAAUACAUGUAUUAAAAGAGAAAAAAUUGUAUUAUUAUACAAUACCUGCAUAAAGAAAAAUAUAUAAGAACAGUUAUUUACGCUUGGUUGGUCAUUGUCGGCUCGGGUACUACUUACAUGUACCCCAGGUACUCUUAAGUAUACUUACAUGUACCCCGGGUACGGUAAAUAUACUAAAAUGUACACGGGAAUUUUAACGCUAUAUCGGUCGUUGUCGGCUAUUUUUUUUAAAUUAAUUAUGUUCACAUUUAUGUCAAAUUUUCUGUUAAAUGGCCUCUAUAUUAUCCAAACAUAUACUCAAAAAGCAUGUGGAUGUAGUUUUUUUGAAAGAGAAGUUUGUUUAAGAUAAACAAUAUUGUUUUAUGGUUAUUGGUAGCUUGUUUUAGGUCAUCGGCUUUUGGGCAGGAAUACAACUCGGGUACAGUCUAAUAUUGACCGGGUACGUUUAAGUAUAUUUACCUGACAAUAAUCAAUAACAUAUUUAAUUAGAGCUGCUAGGUAAACAACAGUUAUGUUUGUAUUAAAGCGGGUAUAUACGAUUUUGUCAAAUAUUUAUGAAUUCAUAUAAAAUGUGUAAAAACUUAUUAAUUAUAUAUUUCAAUAUAAAUUAAAAUAAAAGUUGAGAAGAACAUGUGUCGAAAAAUGCAAAAUAAGCCAGAUAUUAAAUUCUGAAAUUGAAAAUGGCUGUACAGCCGAAUUCGCCAGCAUGUAUACCAUACAUGUACGAUGUGAAUCUAAACUUAGUUUAACGGUUUAUUUGAAUUCCUGCAACGAUAUCUAUUCAUACGACACACGAACACUAGCUCCGAUCCUAAUACAAAGACGAAUGCUUCGGUUAUUGUAGGAAAAUAUGCACGUCACAAUCGGCUCGGGGCGCUAAUUUGUCUUUGCUGCAUUUUAUGAAAUCGGCUUUAAUGCAUGAUUUUUCUUGCCUAUAUAUGGUGAUUGUAACAUGUUUUAUCAAUAUAUUACAAUUAAACACAUAUAAAAAAUCGUAUAUACCCGCUUUAAUGAAAUAAUUACAUAUUAGUUUUAUAACUGUCCAAAAAACUCCUGUAUUUGAUUCACUUGUUGUGUUCGCAUAAACAUUUAAAGAAAAUCUUAGGCUAGCUUUAAAUCCCUGAAAAUUUUGGAUAAGGUCUUUCAUUUUGCAUUCAUCAAAUGUAGUUUUGUUUACUUUCAUUAUAAGAAUAAAGUAUUUCUCCUUUAA